AUGGUCGGGUUAAGGAAAAAGGCCAGGGGCAUGUUACGCGAGAUUUCCAGCCCCAGCCUUGCUCCAGCACCUCUGCGUCUAUCAUCAUCCAAAACGGAACCCAGUGACAAGUCCGAGGUGACUGACAAGAAAGCGGCUACAUUGGCGACACCGUCUACCAUUGCAGAGAGUUCACCUAUCUCGCCGCUCUCCAGAACUACCACUUCAGCCAAGGGAAAGAAGAAUGCGGCGGAAAAUGAAAAUGUUCGCUCCCUAACAGAACCACCACUGGUGCCCGACCAUGAUCCAGCAGCAAGCCAAAGUUCGGAAUCAAAAGCCUCUACCAAGUCGCAACGAGCAGAGCUGGAUCCUUUUGGAGACGGGAAUCGCCUGUCGCAAAGUGCCACAACCAUUCAUGAGCUCGGGGAUACAUCGUCCAGCACAAAGACGUCGGAGAGCCGUGGUGGUCUGUUCAGGUUGCCCAUCUCCAUUGGCUACUCGAAGCCAACCACUGCUGACCCUGCGGAGCUACCCGGCGAUCAGCCAAAGCCAGCCUAUACGAAGCCGACUUACAAACCGGCAGGCCCGUCGGAGGUGGACGCGAUGGGCGACAGAACACAAUGUCAAGCGGACGGCCAGUCGAGUACAGGGGCCUCUCGCUCGACUAGAGCUGCCGACGAUGAGCUCUAUCGCCUCGAAAAGGAGAUCCGGAGAGCUGCGCAGGGAAUGGUGAACGACAGUGACCUCGACGCUGCAUUCAAGAAGCGGGGCACCAGCGGCGCGCUCAAGCUUCUCGUCGAGACGUACGAGCCGCUGCUGGCCGCGGAGAAGGAUUUGAAUGAUCUCGAAGACAAGAUUCGGGCCGCUAUGAAGGGCCAUGUCCGGACCAUGGAGGUAAACGCAGAGAUCAGAAAGCGCGGCACGGCGGGUGGUCUCCAAUUGCUGCUCGACCAGUGUCAAUCAGCCCUCAAAGCUGAGCAAGCCCUACGACGCGUUGAGGAGAGUUUGCGAUCUGCAAACCACGACGUUCGGAUGACUGAUCUCAACAGUGCUCACAAGGCUGGUGGUGCCGAGGCCAUGCUGGCCCUCGUAGUGGACGACUACCAGGUCAAAAAGUCGGCAUCCCUCGUGCUGGAGCGUGUUGCAGGUCAGAUCAGAAAAGCAUCGCCCCAGACUGCGCGGAAAGAGGUGGACAAUGCGUUGAAAUCAAGAGAAGCGGGAGUGGAGAGCGCGCUGGGUAUCCUCGUGGGGGCCUACCAACCCUAUGCCGAUGCAUACAAGGAAUUGACUAACAUCGAAGGCGAGCUCCGAAGGGCUGCCCGCGAAACAUCAUGGUCCCAGAACGUCGAUAUCGUCUUGAAAAAGUCAGGUCCUGAAGGAGCUUUGAGGCUCCUUAUCGAACACCUGCAAGCAAAGACAGAGGCUCUUCGCAAGAUGGAAGGCCAGUACAGCGGACUCGAGCAAAGCUGGAAGAAGUUGACGGGGGAGUGCCACAACCUUAGGCAGGAGCAAGCCCGACAUCAAACCCAGAUGGCCGAACUCAAAUCCAGCCAUCAAGCCAGAAUGAUUGAUGUCGAGAAGACCUGGAAAAGUACCCUGGAAAAGCAACAGAGAGACGCAGCCAGUCAAGCACAGAUGGUCGAACAACGCCAUCGCGGCGAACUGGACAGCCGAGACACCAUGCACCGAAAUGAAAUUGCGUCGUGGAGGGCAACCAUGCAGUCUGCAAAGGAAAAGCACGAGAGUGAACAAAAGAAGCUGAAGGAUGCUCUGUUAGACACGGAACAACAAAUCCAGCUUGAACUGGACCGCCUCCGGGAAGAAUUUGAGACGAAAGAAAAAGAGUCUCGCAAACGGGAGAUGGAGAGGAUCGAGCAAUUCCGACUAGAGACGGAGGAAUUGAAAGGGGAGCUGGUCAAGCGAGACCAUUUCAAAGGCCUGUCUGACCCGGAGAUCUGCACCCGCUUCAAGAAGCUGGCCCAGGAGGUCAACAGCUUCGCAAGAAUCCAAUGGGAAAAGAAACGAGAAGGCCGGUGGCCGGUUCAGGAGCACGCACUGCGACGGUCCGAGAAUCCCCGGAAGUUGAAGCAGCAGCUCGUGCAAGGCGGCAUCUGGAUGAUCCUAAGGGACAAGAUCUUCCACUCUCCAUUCGGAGUUCUUGGUGACGAAGGCCAACGAAUACAUGGUGAAUGGACGAGCGAGUUUGGCGAAGAUCCAGGCUCGGAAAUGCCACAUUGGCCAGAAGCCACCGAGGAAUCAGAGACGUGGCGGUUCGAGCGCAUCAAGGAAUAUUGGGACGCCGCGAAGAGGCCCGACUCUGAUGCAUCCAUAAGGCUGAAGCCUGCGUAUGAUCAAAGAGUAACAGUCACGGUGGACGAGAUCCGCAAUGCGGUUGAAGCCAUCGCGACCUUGUCGCCUCACGACCUCCAACUCAUCCGUGAAUUUGUCGAGCUCGCCGCCAGCUUCUGGCUGGACGUGAUGGCGCAGAAAUGCAGGGUGUAUCUGAUCUUUCCCGCCCAGGGCACCAAUCCCCUUGUCCAGCGCAAGCCGUCAACGGCAACAUUGGAUCUUGUGAUUCAGCCCGAGGUCCGGAGGAGGGGGAAUGCCCAGGGCCAGCGCUUUGCCCGGGAGCAAGUGGUCAAGGGAUGUGAGGGACAAACGACCAAUUACUAG